UCGCGUUGUUUAGGACAGAGCGCUUUACGCUGUCUACCAAUAGUGAACUUGGGUCACCAAGGCAUUUAUAAUCCAUAUCCAGCAUUUGUUCACGCACAACUGGGUCAGUAUGGAAGAGGCAGACCUGGUCAAGGAGCGGCUCCAAGCCAUAACGGAUAAGAGGAAAGUCCAAGAGGACAUUGCUCAUAAAAAGCUGGAGAUUGACAAGGAGAAAUUAAAGCUUCAACACUUAAAGAAAAAGUCCUUGAGAGAGCAAUGGCUCAUGGAUGGAGCAGCCAUCCAGAGCCCACAGCAGAGAGAGACUUUGAGGGGAGAUCAACAACAAACUAAGCUCCUCCAGACCAGCAUCCACCGGAUUGAGAAAGAGAUUGAGGCUAUGGAGAGGGAAGAGACGAUGAUAUCAAAAAACGAGGGCUUCAUACUGAAGAGACUGAAGGCUAUUGAGAAAACCCCCGAGGAGAUAAUUAAGGAGGCAAAUGAGAAUUUCAAAGAAGCUACUCUAGAUGUCCCAAAGUUCUACAAGCCUCACAUUUCAAGGAAGCAGUCCUUUAAAUUUAAUAAGGACACACCCAAACAAACCAUGUUUGCAAUGGAGAUCAACGUCCAGAAGGACCUCCGUACCGGGGAGAGCCGGGUCCUGUCUACAUCCACCGUCACCCCCCAGGAGCUCCAGCAGAGAGGGGUUAAAGUCUACGACGACGGCCGUAAGUCCGUCUAUGCCCUGCAGUCUGAUGGGUCUCACCUGGGGAAUGGAGUGGAUGAGCUCAGCCCUAUAGAGGUGGAGGAGCUGCUGCGAGCAGCCACAGAACAGAAGAAGUCUCAGAGAGGACCUCGGGGCCACCAGGGCCAUCAGGAAUCAGCACCUGCAUUCUCCCCCAACUAUAGCCCUCGGGGCCACCAGGAACCAGUGCCUGUAAUUUCCCCCAACUGUGGCCCUCUGGGCCACCAGGAACCAGUGCCUGCAUUCUCCCCAAACUGUGGCCCUCGUGGCCACCAGGAAGCAGUGCCUGCAUUCUCCCCCAACUAUAGCCCUCGGGGCCACCAGGAACCAGUGCCUGCAUUCUCCCCAAACUGUGGGCCUCGUGGCCACCAGGAACCAGUGCCUGCAUUCUCCCCCAACUGUGGCCCUUUGGUCCACCAGGAACCAGUGCCUGCAUUCUCCACCCCUUGUGGCCCUCGGAGCCACCAGGAACUCAGCCCUAUGGAGGUGGAGAAGCUGCUCCGAAAGGCUAUAGUGCAGAAGAUGCCUCAAAGCGGAGCUUUCCCACAGGCCCAUCAGGUUCACCAGGAAUCAGUGCCUGCAUUCUCCACCACCUCCGGCAGGAGUGCCUCAGCCUCCAACAGGCCCCAACAAAGUCAUGCUAAAGUCCUCCAAGGAACCAAUGGGAAUGGGUAUCAGCAGGAGUUGUAUGAGCAUGACGUCCUCUCCAGGAAGGAGCUCCACGACAUUGAUGGAGUCCACUACUCAGGGCCGGAGAGUCUCUCCUCCUCCCCUCACAUUCCAGUCCCCUCUUUCAUCUGCAGGAAGGACGAGGAGUACUACCAGCCAACCAACGGGUACAACCAGAACCCUUUCUCCUAUGGCGGGGAGUUUCACCCCACCCACAACUCCUACCAUAGCCCUAGAGAGAGCCAGCAAGGCGGGAUGUUUUACAACUCGUCGGCUAAAAAGGACCAGAAACCAUCUCCGAUCUACCAGGAAGACUUGCACUUCAGUAUCCUGAACGCCAUAGACACAUCUGAGCCUAUCACUGCGAUCUUUAUGGGCUACCAAACCGCCAAGGAUGACAGUGGACGUGGUCUGGGCUACGAAGGGUCCAUCCGGGCUGAGCUUGUCGUCAUUGGCGAUGAGGAUGGGGUGGACGAGAGUAACCCUCAGCUUAACACCUACGACCCGGAUGGAUGCAACAACUGGGGUUAUCAUCACUCUCAACCUCAACAGAAAUUAAUACAGUACAUGGCAGAGCCCACCUCUAAUAUUAACGCUAACAAUGCGUCACCGUACACAGCGUCAAAGAAGUUGGUCUACCCUGGUCAACAGGCCAAAGAGGCAUGCUCCCCUUAUUCAGACGGACAGUUGGACAGGACAGAGAAGCACCCAGCCCCAGGUAUCAGAAAGAUUCAAAAGAUUCAAAAGAGAAAGAAGCCAUGCUGCAUGCUCAUGUAACCAACCUGCAACUGUUGACACUAGCUACCUAACAUCACUUCCUUUGCUUUGACUGACAGCACUUUUGAGGUUUCUCAUUGGCUGGCUAGUGUGUUGAACUGUAUGCUGUAUGCUGGCUUCUCUGUUGCAUCAGUUUGUUCUUGUCUUAAUCAUUGUAACACAUACUGACCUGAAACUCUCAUUCUAAUCACACUCUGUCACUGUUUACAUACAUAGUGAUGUUGUGUAUCCAUACCAGAGCUUGUUUUGAUACUUGAAGUCAAACUCUGCCUCUCUCUAGUGGCUGGAAGACAGUAAUGCUGUAACUUUGGUUUCCUACAGGAGGCCAAAAUGUGCUUGACUGCUUGUAUAAUAUGUCAAAUAUUAUUGGAUAUUUUUUAUGUUUCUACUUUUGGAUAACAAAGCUAGAAUGAACUUUUUUACUGACAUAUUAUAAAUAACUGGUCUGAAGGUACAGUGCAAAUCAAGUGUACACUCUGAUUAAAUCAUUGUUUUGCACUAACUUAAUAUUUAUUAUUUUGCAUGUGUUUUUCAGAAUCUCUUUUCCACAUUGCAAUGUUCUUAUGCCAUGUCUGUACUCUGUAUACUUACAGUAAUAUGCAUGAUUGCUUGCCCAGUAACUUAAACAGUAAUUAACUCAUUAUUGACUGCCUUAAUCCUCUUGUGUAACAAUGAUCUCUGUGUGUGUGUGUGUGUGUGUGUGUGUGUGUGUGUGUGUGUGUGUGAGAGAGAGAGAGGUUGCGCUUUUUGAAAUAAACAUGUAACAAUAUGAAUGGAGUAUGCAAAACAUUAAGAACAAUUGAUCUUUCCAUGACAUAGUCCGUCCAGGAUGAAUCCAGGUAAAAGUUAUGAUCCCUUAUUGAUGUCACUCGUUCAAUUCAUUUCAAUCAGUGUAGAUGAAGGGGAGGAGACAGGUUAUAGAAGGAUUUUUAAGCCUUGAGACAAUUGAGACUUGGAUUGUGUAUGUGUGCCAUUCAGAGGGUGAAUGGACAAGAACAAAUAUUGAAGUGCCUUUGAACGAGGUAUGGUAGUAGUUGCCAGGCACACCGGUUUGUGUUAAGAACUGCAACAAAGUUGGGGCGGCAGGGUAGCCUAGUGGUUAGAGUGGUGGACUAGUAACCGGAAGGUUGCAAGUUCAAAUCCCCGAGCUGACAAAGGUACAAAUCUGUCAUUCUGCCCCUGAACAGGCAGUUAACCCACUGUUCCUAGGUGGUCAUUGAAAAUAAGAAUUUGUUCUUAACUGACUUGCCUGGUUAAAUAAAGUUAAAACAAAUAAAAACCGCUACUGGGUUUUUCACGCUCAACAGUUGAUACCAUGUGUAUCAAGAAUGGUCCACCACCCGAAGGACAUCCAGCCAACUUGACACAACUGUGGGAAGCAUUGGAGUCGACAUGGGCCAGCAUCCCUGUGCAACUCUAUCAACACCUUGUAGAGUCCAUGCCCCGAUGAGUUGAGGCAGUUCUGAGGGCAAAGGAAACAAAUAACGCAAGUAAAUAUUAGGAAGGUGUUCCUAAUUUUUUUACACUCCGUGUAUUUCUGCUGAACAAUUGUUGUGUAUUUGUUCAAUGUUUGCUUUAUUUAUUAUUAAAACAUUUCAUCACACUGUCACUAUGUAGCUAAUGAGAUUCAGAACAAAGUGCAUGGCAAUAUGUUAAGGUCUUCAGUAGAACUGUAACUGAAGCUAAUGUCAGAAUCAUUUCCUAUACAUAACCAUCACUGUGUUAUUACUGAUCACUUCACAUCUGAGGAGUCAAAGGAAGAGGGAUAAGACAUGCGUUCCACCCACCCACCCACCCACCC